GGAAGAAGUGUCAAGUGAUAUAGGUUAGAAAAUUUUCUCCGAGUUCGAAGAAAAUUUACGCCUAAUUGAAAUUUGAAUUGGUGCUAUUCAGAUUUUGUUGCUACGACCGAACGCCUAGUGCAAUCAACGAUUAUCGAUACUGAAGAUGUGAAUAGUUUUCGGAUCGGGAAAUCACAGUUCCAAAUUUCCGACUACCGAACUUUUGACCUAACCUAAUCAACAUAAAAUUGUUUUAUCGAUCGACGAGUGUCACGAUGGGAAAUACGGUUUCUGGAGCUCAAAAACUUGUGGUGCAAGCAUUCGUCCCACAAAACGAAACAAACAACAAUGAUGUACCUAAAAAUCCUCACGGGUUCUCAAAUACAGCUGGCAUAAGCCCGCCCCCAGAGUGCCCCAUGCACGUCAAAACAGAUGAUAAGAAAGCCGCUGGAUGUGCUGUGGCAGGAAGCCCAGAUGACAUUAAUCCACUGAACAUGAUGCCGCCUCCAAAUCAAAAACCAGCACCAGAUCAACCGUUUCCACUACCAACAGAACGAGAAGUGUCUACUAUACCUAAGUCAGAAGGAGAUGGUGAAUUUUGGGUUUAUCCAUCAGCUCAAAUGUUUUGGAAUGCAAUGUUACGAAAAGGGUGGCGCUGGAAAGAUGAUGAUUUAUCACAAAAAGAUAUGGAUGUUAUAAUUAAAAUACACAAUGUCAAUAAUGAGCUUGCUUGGCAAGAAGUAUUAAAAUGGGAAGCAUUCCACGCAGGUGAAUGUAUGAAUCCAAAGCUAAAAAGCUUUGGAGGUAAAGCUAAACAUUUUUCUCCAAGAGCAAGAAUACGAAAUUGGAUGGGAUAUGAACUACCUUUUGACAGACAUGAUUGGAUAGUAGAUCGCUGUGGUAAAGAAGUGCGAUAUGUUAUUGAUUAUUAUAGUGCAGAUAAUUCACCAAAUAAAUAUCAAGUGGCUAUUUUGGAUGUAAGGCCAGCUUUAGAUUCAUUUGAAGCGUUAUGGGAUCGAUCAAAAGCAGCUUAUUGGAGAUGGCGAUUUGAAGCUGAAAUGGAAAGAAAUAUUGCCAAUAAAAUGGAUGAAUUAAGAAAUGACAAAGUGUGAAUAUAAAUAAUUCAUUUUUUUUUUUUUUUUUUUUUUAUUGUAUAGUGUAUAGUAGAAUCCUUAAGUAAAAGUAAA